AUGACCACUGUUUAUGCCGAAUCAUAUCUUAACAGCCCAUUAGUUCAAGCACUUGGAGCUGAAGGCAUAGAUGCUGUCAGAGAGGUACUGGAACGUGACUUCGGCGACUAUACAGCUGCCAAUCUGGAAAGCAAACCAGAACUACUGGAAAGCGAAGAAUACGCUAAUAAGAGACAGAGCCUAGUCGACCCAAACACACGAAUCACACCAUUAUGCCAGCUUUCUCGAAAAUCUCAAGAGGAUGCUUGCGAAAUCGCAAAAUUGCUUAUUCAGGAAUAUAAGUUGAUAGAUGCCAACCAUCUCGACCUUAUGGGACAAACUGCACUGUUCUAUGGCGCUAGGGAUGGAUGGAGCAACUUCUGUGAAUUUCUAGCUCAAAAUGGAUGUGAUCCAAACCACCAAGAUAGACUGGGUCAGACAUGCCUAUUUUACGCAUCAAGGGAAGGCCACCACGAAACACUGGAAACACUUAUUUCAUAUAACGCAGAUGUCAAUCUAUUAGACACGAACAAGCAAAAUUGCCUCUUUUAUGCGGCUAGAGAUGGGCGUUUGGAAGCGGCAAAAGUGCUCAUCAAACAUGGCAUUAAUUACAACCUCAAAGAUGCCCAGCGCAGACAGGCUAUUACUUUUGCGAAGCUGAAAAAUCAAACCGAAAUCGUCAAUUUACUCAAAAGCCUUUCUAAAUCGCCAUCGCACACACAAAAACGUUCUUUAAGUGAACGACUUGAUGUAAAUGGACUGUUGAACAGUUCAUCCGGCGGUGACGAGAUCAAGUCUGGGGUACCUGUUAUACCUAAAGAAAACGGAAAAGCACGAAAAUACAGACUUCAAUUUAGGCCAUUUAGCGAUGAAGCUAAUCUAUGGAUCGAUGCUCCAUUGGUGAAAAUAAGAGAAUUCGAAAUCCGCUUCCCGGAACUCGCAACAUGGGACAGAAACGCACCAUUUGCGCCAGUAGCCACGCUGAGAAAUCCUUUAAUCAAGCAAUGGCACCAAGUUGGACUCAGUAUACUUGGAAUGUUGGUGAAGCAAGAAGGUGGGUACGUUUUUGAGCGACCCGUAGACCCCAAAAGGCAAAACUGCCCGGAUUACUUCGAUAUCGUGGAAAAACCGAUGUCGUUUUCGUGUAUCAAAGGCAAAAUUAGACGGAACUCGUACACUCACCCACAGGAAUUUAUAGAUGACGUUCAGCUCGUUUUUGAUAACUGCUUCAAGUACAACAAACCUGAAACUUGGAUCGCACAGGUUGGACGAAAUGUAGAGGCAUUCUUUAAAAAACAGCUACAGGAGCUGGGAUUUGAUGCAUAUAUACAGAAACAUCAAUUGCUAGAUCAACUUCUCGAAAAGGCAAAGAUAUACGUAGAGUCCAACGAUGCACCUGCAAAAGAGGAACCCGCUGCUGUAUCGAACGAUAAUUGA